AUGUUCAGUGGUGUCUUCAAAGAAGCAAAGGUGGAGGAGUUGGUUUCUCUCCUCUCUUGCUUUGUGUGGCGAGAGAGGCUCCCUGACGCAGCUAAACCCAAAGAAGAACUCGACUUGCUCUUCAUACAGUUACAAGACACAGCCACGCGUGGCUUGAAUGUCGAUAUCGACGUAGAGAGUUUUGUGCAUUCCUUCAGACCGGAUAUUAUGGAGGCUGUAUACGCGUGGGCAAAAGGCUCCAAGUUUUACGAGAUCAUGGAGAUUGCUCGUGUUUUCGAAGGGAGUUUGAUCAGAGCCAUAAGGAGAAUGGAGGAAGUUCUACAACAGCUCAUAGUAGCUGCAAAAUCCAUAGGUGAAACACAGCUCGAGGCUAAACUAGAAGAAUCUGUUUCCAAGAUCAAGAGAGACAUUGUGUUCGCAGCAUCUCUCUACUUGUGA